UCAAAUUCUAUUUCUUUGAAUGUAAUGUAUUGAGUGAUUAUAGACUGGUUUUGCCGCUGCCUAUGCCGAUAUUUACGCUACUAGGCUGUAUCUGCGAUAACGAAACAUGAUGACGUGUGCAUGGCCGUAAGUGAAAGUAUCUUAUUAGUGGUAGGAGUAAUUCGAAGGUCUUCGAUAUCAGUUACACGUUGUAUUGCUCACAGUCCACAGUCGUUCGUGGUUUCGUGCACUCGAGUCAACGGUUUCGCUCUACUUCGUUAACGAUGUGUGGAAUAUUCGCGUAUAUUAAUCACCUUACUCCUAAAACGCGCCGAGAAAUUCUGGAAUUACUAGUCAACGGUCUUAAACGUUUGGAAUACCGUGGUUAUGAUUCUGCUGGCGUAGCUGUUGAUGCUGUCGAUGAAAAAGAUAUAGCGGUUAUUAAAAGAAGCGGGAAAGUAGCGGCACUCGAAGAAUUACUUCAGGAGCGCAGUGUUGAAUUGGGUGUAGAUGAAAGUGUUGAAUCUCAUUGUGGCAUUGCGCACACCCGUUGGGCGACUCACGGCGAGCCGAGUGCCAUUAAUUCUCAUCCACAGCGAUCCGGAGAAGACAAUGCGUUUGUUGUCAUUCAUAAUGGAAUUAUUACUAACUACAAAGCUGUUAAAACUUUCCUUGAAAACAAGGGAUACAGUUUUGAAUCCCAGACUGACACGGAGGCGAUUGCAAAAUUAGUUCACCACAUCUAUAGCCAACAUAAAGACUACAGCUUCCAGGAAUUAGUGGAACAGGUAAUUCAACAACUUGAAGGUGCUUUUGCUUUGUGCUUUAAAUCACGAUAUUUCCCUAAUGAGUGUGUUGCCACCAGGCGUGGUAGCCCCUUACUAGUUGGGAUCAAAACACGUCGCCGGCUCUCAAGUGAUCAUGUUCCUAUUAUGUACACCAACAAUAAAGCAACCAGAGGAGUAGUACCUUCUGUACCUCGUGUCAAUAGCCAUGCCCACUUUGAACCAGAGGAAGAGAGAGAUGUGGAGUACUUCUUUGCAUCAGAUGCCUCAGCGGUCAUUGAACACACAAAUAAAGUGCUUUAUUUUGAAGAUGAUGAUGUUGCUCAUAUUAAAGAUGGUGUUCUUAGCAUUCACCGUAUGUCAACCAGCAGCAAUGAUCCACAUCAACGUGAAAUUUUUACUCUGAAAUUAGAGCUGCAACAAAUUAUGAAAGGAAAUUAUGAAUAUUUCAUGCAAAAAGAAAUUUUUGAACAAUCUGAAUCUAUUGUGAAUACAAUGAGAGGACGUUUGAAUUUUGCAGAUGGGACUGUUACCCUUGGAGGUAUUAAAGAUUAUGUCCCAGAGAUAAAACGUUGCAGACGGCUUAUGUUGAUAGGAUGUGGUACCAGUUACCACAGUGCAGUGGCUACUCGUCAGCUUUUAGAGGAAUUGACCGAGCUCCCGGUCAUGGUAGAGCUGGCCUCUGACUUCUUGGAUAGAAACACACCUGUCUUCAGAGAUGACGUAUGCUUCUUCAUAUCACAAUCAGGAGAGACAGCCGAUACCUUAAUGGCUCUGCGGUACUGUAAACGUCAUGGAGCUCUUAUUGUUGGUAUUACAAAUACUGUUGGUAGUUCCAUAUGCCGUGAAUCACAUUGCGGUGUUCACAUCAAUGCAGGUCCUGAAAUUGGUGUAGCCUCCACAAAGGCUUAUACUUCACAAUUUGUGUCACUUGUUAUGUUUGCGCUAGUGAUAAGUGAAGACCGUAUUUCUUUGCAAAAGAGAAGAGCAGACAUUAUUGCUGGAUUGCAUGAAUUAGACAUAAAGAUUAAACAGGUUUUAGCUUUAGAUGACAAAGUGAAAGCAUUAGCAGAGGAUCUUUAUCGCCAACGGUCAUUACUUAUUAUGGGUCGAGGAUACAACUUUGCCACCUGUUUGGAGGGUGCUUUAAAGGUUAAAGAAUUAACUUACAUGCACAGUGAAGGCAUCAUGGCUGGUGAAUUAAAACAUGGACCUCUAGCUCUUAUUGAUGAUUCCAUGCCAGUUAUGAUGAUAGUUAUGCGAGAUCCAGUUUACAUUAAAUGCAUGAAUGCCCUGCAACAGGUUACAGCACGUCAAGGUCGUCCCAUCGUCGUAUGCGAGGAGGGUGAUAAAGAAACCAUGGAUCUUGCUUCACGGUACCUUGAAGUACCGAAAACUGUAGAUUGUUUACAAGGUGUUCUUACUGUUAUUCCUAUGCAAUUGUUGGCUUAUCACAUAGCUGUGUUGCGAGGAUGUAAUGUUGAUUGUCCAAGAAACCUUGCUAAGUCUGUAACUGUAGAGUAAACUUCAAAGUUAUGAAUUACAUACAGGCGAUCUCUUUUUUAGUAUGUACAUAAUAUGUAACAUUGAUUUACUUUGAUUUCACAUAUUUACUUUAGUAAUGCACUAUAAAUAUUUACUUUAGUAUAGCUUAGAAAAUCUAAGAAUGCAUAAAAUUUAACAAGUUAAGUAAAAAUUUAGAGUAAGUCUCAAAUUCCGUCAUAGUUUAACAUUCCAUUGUUGUUGUUUAUACAACAUUCCAUGCUUAAUGCAAUCUAUUAUGUUUAUUCAUUCAAAUAUCAAGGUCAAUUCACCAUUCACUUAAACUUUAAAACUUUUAUAUUUGAUUAUUGUUUUUUUUGCUUCAUUGUGUUAAAUUUAAAAACUGUAUUAAUUGAUUUUGUAUAAUUAUUUAACACUGAUGGUUUUUUUUAUAAUUUUAAAUCAUGACAUAAGAUAGAAUUACUACUUAUUUUGUGACACACAAAUAGGUAAAAACACUUUGUAAAUAUGACUAUAGGUAUUUAGAUAUACAAUGUAAAGUAAAUAAGUAUUAUUUACUGCCCUAGAAUUUAAAUAUAAUUGAAACAUUUGUGUUACUAUACUCAUUUAUCAAAAUUAUUUUGUAAAAAGUAUUAGAUUAUAUUGUAAAUUAUCAUUCAAACGGAAAUUAAACUAUGAAAUAUAAAAAAUCUGGCUAUUAGAACUGCUUGUAUGUGGAAUUAAGGAAAUUUGCAUGAUAAAGUACUCAUUGUACUAUGUUAUCUGUAUGAGAUUAUUUUUAUUGCUAUCCACUACAGAAAUUACAAUAUGUCGUGCAUUUAAAUUCAACUCUAUUUUCCUUAUGUUUUUGUUAAGUAAAUUAACUAACAGUACCAUUAUAUGUAAGAUACAUAUGUAUAUCGGUAGGACCAAUAUUGUACUCGUACCAUUUUAUUGUCUUAAUAUAACUAGCGCGAUACAAGUGUACAAAAUAUACAAUUUUGCAU